UAUGAGUUAAGAAGAAGAAAAUAAUGAUAUUGAUGUCUAAGCUUUAUUAGCUAGUAUCAAUGCUAAUUUUGACAAUGAACAAAUACUUAAUGAGGCAUAAAGCAAUGCAUAAGAAGUGCAUUAGGAUAUUGAUCAAUUGUAAUAGGGUCCAAGUGAAUCCAUUGUUAUUGUUAGAGAUCAACCAAUAUAAAAAGAAUAAGAAGAAGUAGAUCCAGUUGUGGAAAUUUUGAAUAGAGUUGAAAUAUAAAAUAGUUUAUUAACCAAUCCAGAAAUUAAUUAGCAUUAAUUAGGUAAAAUCUAUAUUGAUUAAAAGAGACUGGUCCAUUAUAAUAAAUUAUUGAGUAAAUAAAGGAAAAAUUUGAUAAACAACAAGAAAUUAUUGUUAAAAAACAACGAAAUAUUUUUAGUCAAAUAAUUGAUAUCAGAAAUUUAUCGAAUUAAAUAGUUAAUGUAUAAAUUAACAAUCAUGGAGUGAGCAAAAUGAAAUUGAAUGACUUUAAAACAAAGCAAAAAGAAAUCGAUUAGUUAGACAUUUAAGUUUUUAAGACUAAAGGAUAUGUCUUGUCUAUUAUUGAGAGAUUGGAAAUUAUGGAAUAAAAAUUAGAUUACAAGAUAGAUUCAUAUGUUAAAUAGAAAGUAUAAGAAUUAGCAAAGAAAGGAUGAU